AUUUUUCGGACCUCACCAGAUACCACAUUCCCUGAGUCGGUGUGCCUGUCCUCUUCACCCCCAAAUGCUCCACCACGGCAAUCAAAGAGACAAGGACAGAGGAUGAAGAGACCUGUGGCCGUGUACAAUCUAUGUCUUGAGCUGGAGGACGGUGAUAGUCCUAACUCUCCAAAGGAGGACACCCCUACUAGUAGUCAGGACUCACUUUCUUCACCAUCUCCUACAACUGCAGCUGUCCAUGGGCCCCUUGCACCAGACAGAAAUCACCUCCUGGCAGAUGUAGGAACCUGUGGGGACUUGACAGCCACUAUCCCAGGCCAGCCACGAUCAUCUAUGGCCCAGUGGCUUAAUCCACAAUCUCCAAGCACAUCAGGCCCCACUGCAGAUGUUUCCUCUCCUUUCCCCACUUCUGCUACCACCAGAGUGGACAAGCCACCGGAAAGUGUUAUUAAUCGGAAGGCUCGAGCAGUAUACCCAUGUGAAGCAGAACACAGCUCAGAAUUAUCUUUUGAAAUAGGAGCGAUUUUUGAGGAUGUACAAACCUCCAGGGAACCUGGCUGGCUAGAAGGGACUCUGAAUGGCAAGAGGGGACUGAUUCCCCAGAAUUAUGUCAAGCUGCUGUAGCCCUGGGUCUCAGAGGGCCCCUGAUAACCUUGGCUCCACCACAACCUCAUGGAAACAGCGCUUCACACACCGUGACCACACUCGGGAAUCACCAGUCACCUUCCACAGUCUCCAGGGCCAGGAAUAUGGAUGGAACUUGCUGCACAGAACUGUGUAGAUCGGUGAAUGGGUAGACAAGCGAGUUAAUAGAAUGGAUUUUUCCUUUGUCAAGAAUCAGGAAGUGGGGAGUUUUAACUAAUCAUUCUGUAGGAGAGGGAGGACAGCUGUCUGCUACCUCCAUUGACAGCCACAGCACUAGACCUGUGGAGGAUCCCCCUCCUCCCUGCACCUGCUGCUGAGAUGUUAAAGGGAACUGUCCUUCCUCCACUGGGCUGUAGCUGUGGGGAGCAGACUGGGGUGCAGGUGUCUAUGGGUGCAGGGAAAUUGGUCUCCACCUGAGGAAACAGAGAUAGCGGCCCUUUCCAAGACUGCUUCUUCCUGAAAGGCAGGCUGGGAACUCCACAUACUUUUCACCUGCUCUGAGCACACCAGCAUAUUUAUAGCAGGCUCAUCCUUGGUGCUCCUCACCUGAGUGCUGUUUGCCCAGUGCCACCUUUUUAGCCCACAUCUCUCUGUAAAUGAAAUAAAGUGUAAUUUACUGUUCAA